AUGCCCCACGCCCUCCCUCUUGCGGCGCACGCGUCUGAUAGCUCUCCCCAGGGACCCUGUACGUACAAUUCAUUUCGCGUCCCUUUUUAUGUCGUCAUCACCAACCACUUCAAAGACAUAGACCCGGUGUAUUCUAUCAGUGCUCGUUGGUCCAAGAAUGUGACGCAUCUCAAGACGGCAAGCGGGCUGGGCUUCACUCUCUGUCCCUUUCUGGUGCCUGCACCUCCGGCAGCCGUCGAGGAGCUCAGGAAGAUGCGGAUAGCAUGUGGCUGGGACGUGGAGCUUAUCGACGAAUGGAUCAUCGAGAUCAAGGAAGGGCGUCGCAUUCAAUGGACAGCGUUCAAGGAUGACACAGCAAUAGGCAUGUGCGCCCUCAACAUCUAUUCAAUUCAUGACGAAAGCUUGGCAAAUGGCGUCGAUCGGGGAGAGGUUGCUGGAAUGUUUCUAUAUCCCGAAUGGAGGUCCCUGGGAAUUGGCAAGACUAUGAUGACGUAUGUUGAGCAUGAAGCUGCUCAGAUGGGAAUGAAGAUUACGACAGUGAACACUCGCUCAAUGGGGCCUAGCCUUGGUCCUUACCUUCGUCGUGGAUACCGGGAAUAUAAGGGUAGGGAGAUGAAAUACUUGUUGGAGACAAUCCUCGGCCUCGGGCUCACACCAGAGCACAUGAGCGCGGCCUUCUUGGAGAAACCAGUUCCGGCGGCGUCCACAGUAUUCUUCAAGAUGGACGUCCAGACCACAGUCUGA